AUGAAGUGCAAUGCCGAGCUCAUCUCACAUCCUCUUUUCUUCGUUCUCCCCGGCCGAAUCGAGACGAUCGACUUCCUGGACAACCUGCUGCGGAAGCAAUACGGUGAAGUCCGGGCCGUCAAGGCAACAACGGGCUUCCAUCUCUGGCAGAAGAAGUUCGAUUUGCGGGAUGACAUGCGAGAGCUGGCCGAAAUGUCGCGACGGAUGAGCGCCUUGCCGGUCGAAGUCGAAAUGAUCCUGUGA